AUGUCUAGAUUAAACAGAGGCGGUAAAAUUGCAUCUCUUAUUGAUCGUUACGAAAAUAACGACAGAAAAAAGCAAGAAGAUGCUAGGAUUGUAGCUGAGGUCCGUGCUUCUCCUAGAAAAGCAGCUGAGGCAAAAGCCAAAGAAGAGGCUGAAGCAAAAAAAGCACAAGAAGAAAAUGAAAAAAAAGUUUUAGAGGAGGCCAGAAUCAAAGAAGAAGCUGAAAAGAAAGCAAAAGAAGAAGCUGAAGCAAAAGCCAAAGAAGAAGCUGAGGCAAAAGCUAAAGAAGAAGCUGAAGCAAAAGCCAAAGAAGAAGCUGAGGCAAAAGCUAAAGAAGAAGCUGAAGCAAAAGCUAAAGAAGAAGCUGAAGCAAAAGCCAAAGAAGAAGCUGAAAAGAAAGCAAAAGAAGAAGCUGAAGCAAAAGCCAAAGAAGAAGCUGAGGCAAAAGCUAAAGAAGAAGCUGAAGCAAAAGCCAAAGAAGAAGCUGAGGCAAAAGCUAAAGAAGAAGCUGAAGCAAAAGCUAAAGAAGAAGCUGAAGCAAAAGCCAAAGAAGAAGCUGAAAAGAAAGCAAAAGAAGAAGCUGAGGCAAAAGCAAAAGAAGAAGCUGAAGCAAAAGCCAAAGAAGAAGCUGAAGCAAAAGCCAAAGAAGAAGCUGAAGCAAAAGCCAAAGAAGAAGCUGAAGCAAAAGCUAAAGAAGAAGCUGAAGCAAAAGCUAAAGAAGAAGCUGAAGCAAAAGCUAAAGAAGAAGCUGAAGCAAAAGCUAAAGAAGAAGCUGAAGCAAAAGCCAAAGAAGAAGCUGAAGCAAAAGCUAAAGAAGAAGCUGAAGCAAAAGCUAAAGAAGAAGCUGAGGCAAAAGCAAAAGAAGAAGCUGAAGCAAAAGCUAAAGAAGAGGUUAAAGAAGAGGUUAAAGAAGAGGUUAAAGAAGAAAAUUGUGAAGAAUGCCAAGAACAAAAUAAGGCUCAAGAUACCAUACCAACUGAAAGAGUGAUGUCAAAAGGAGAAAAGAAAGCAAGAAAGGCACUUGAAAAAGUUGGACUUGUUGAAGUACCAAAUGUUGUUGAAUUUUCACUUAAAAGAGCAGGAAGCAAAUUUGUUAUUAAUCAGCCAGCUGUUUAUAAGCUUCCAUCAAGUGAACAUUAUGUAGUAUAUGGUGAACCAAGAAAUGAAUAUAUGGAUGAAAAAACUAAACGUAUUCUUGAGCAACUUCAAGCCAACAUGAAAGAACAACAAGCCAAUAAUGAAGAAAAGAAAGAAGAACCAGCUGCUGAAACUGAGGCUCCAGUUACCAAUGAAGUUGUUGAAGAUAAUGGAUAUGUUCCAGCUGAAGAAGACGUUAAAGUUCUUAUGGGCCAAGCUAAUACCACACACGAAAAAGCAUAUGCAGCUCUUAAGAAGACAAAAGGUGAUCUUGUGAGUGCCUUCUUUGAAUUCCAAUAA